UCUCAGUGCUAUGUCUCCGUCCUGGGUGAGCUCUAAUAAUAGAGGAGGCCGCCUGCUCCUUUAAGAGCCUACUUGUUGCAUUUUCUAAAAAAAUAUAUUGUAACAAAAUGGUUAUCAAAGUAUUUCUCGCCUCUUCAUCGGGAUCCACUGCGAUCAAGAAGAAGCAGCAAGAUGUGGUCGGCUUCCUGGAGGCUCUUAAAGUGGACUAUACCCAGCUAGACAUCGCCGGCAACGAGGAGAACCGCAUGUGGAUGAGGCAGAAUGUCCCUGACGACAAGAAGCCCGCCAACGGUAUCCCCCUGCCCCCUCAGAUCUUCAAUGAGGACGGCUACUGUGGGGACUAUGAAACAUUCUUCGAUGCCAAAGAGGACAACUCUGUGUAUGCCUUCCUGGGGCUGCCUCCUCCUCCUGGAUCAAAGGAAGCAGAACAAGCCGAAAAGGCGCACAUUGUGGAGAACGGGACCCAAGCUGAAGAAACUAAUGCAGAGGAGAACGUGGAUGACUCAAUAGAGGUCCCAGUGGAGGAGCGCAAUGGGGAUGCACACGGAGAGGAGGAGGAGGAGGAAGGAGAGGUUGGAGAGGAGGAGGAGAUAGCAGAGGAAGAGACUGCAGAUGAUGAAAUCACGGAAGGAGAAACAGCAGGAGACGAGGCCCCUGCAGAGGAGGAGGAGGAGGAAACAGACGAGGCCACAGAGGACACAGCCCGGGCAGAGGAGGAAGAAGAACAGGAGGAAGAGGAUUUGCAGUCAGAGGACGAAGAAGAGCUGCGACAGCUUGAGGUAGAUUCAUGUGAUUUUUUUUUAACCUUAUCGCCUUCCUCAGUUUCUUUUUAUGCUUCCUUCACCACCACCUAGUGUAUCAAACAUUCCCUCAGAUUUUCUCUUUCACUAGUUCACUAGUAGACUCUGUCCCACCGAGGACUCACGAUUCAUAAUAACAUGCAAGGUUAAGGACAACACUGUCGGCAAUACCAAGAGGUUUUGCUCGCAACCUCAAGUGUGCAUUGUCUCAAUCCACUCACAUGUGCACUGAUGAUUUAAAGGAACAGUGUGUAAGAUUUAGGGGAAUUUCAUGGCAGCGAGUGGUGAGGAUUGCAAAUUGCAACCAGUUUAAACUUCUACAGGUCAGAAUUCCUUCAGUAUUUGUUGUUCAGGAGCCGAAUUAUCAGCAGAGGUUUAUUUAUCAAUGUCAAAGCACUGAAUAAAGCAGUUUCACGGUAAAAUCAGUGUUUCUUCUAUCCUGUUUGGCACAUUGUAGACAGGCCCAGCCCAGCUCAUGCUAAUAUGUGCUUACCCUUUCUCCCUUAUAACUUAUAAUCUAGAAGUUCAGGAGGUCUUUACCGGGUGCCAUAUUUUUCGCAGAGGUCUUUCCUCUCAAAAACAAACAGAGCCAGUGAUUUAAACCAGUAAAAACAGGAAACAAAGCAGUUUCGAGGUCUGUUUUUCUGUUGCUCUCGUCUUGGAGGGCUGCAAACUUCAUUGGCUGAUCUAGAGUCAGUGUUUGGUUUGUUCAUUCUGGGUUAUUGUGCAACAUUCUAAGUUUUAGGUGAUUAUAGACUGAAGAUAGCAUACUUAUUUAAAUAUAUUCUAUUUCUGCCAAUACAUCCCCCUAAAUCCUACAAACCAAACCUUUAAAGUAUGAGCUCAAGUGCUUGUCAUGAGGACAUUGCCUCAAACACAUACACACACAUCUGCACAUAAACAGGAAUGUAACCUCCAACACUGCAACUCACACCAAAACAAUCUAGACUGAUAAAUAGCACGACAGGUAAGAGGAAAAAUAUGUAAGAUUGAUUCUGGGAUGAACUGUCUUUUACACCUAUAAGGCCAGGGAUUCUCGAGCAAGACUCAUAAGAUUUGUCAUCAACUCAGCAACUUUUCUCACAGCAUUGCUUUGACCCUGGGUGAACUUCCCCAGAGAGUCCAGACUUCACAAGAUCCCAGAAUUUAACCGAAAAGGUCCAGUCUAAAAAAAUGUCCCUGUUCUAAGUGCUGUGUGAAAAGAGCUCUGCCUCACUGAGACAUUCCAACCUCUGCCUGAUCUUCCAUCACGUAUGCUCCACUGCUUUGCUUUGCUUUGCCCUCUUUCCUUUCUACCUUUCCAUCUAUAUUGUCGUUGUCUCACUUCUGUUGCAGGAGCAAGACCAACAAGGCAGUGAGGUAGUUUAUUGUUUGUGGCGUCUUGUGUAUAUUUUUCUAUAGACUUCCUUCCUUUUGUCCCUCUCUC